AUGACAGACGUUCGCUUCAAGCUCAACACCGGUUCAUCCAUCCCAGCCCUGGGUUUGGGAACAUGGCAGAGUCCAGAAGGCCAAGUCCGCGCCGCCGUUGCGCAUGCCAUCAAAUCGGGCUACCGACACAUCGACUGCGCCUACGUAUAUGGCAAUGAGAAGGAAGUGGGCGAGGGGAUCAAGGAAGGUCUGGCAGCCGCGGGCAUCUCCCGAGGCGAUCUCUUCAUCACCACCAAACUAUGGUGCACUUAUCACACCCGAGUCGAGCAAAACCUGGAUAUCAGUCUAGGCCUCUUGGGGCUCGACUAUGUUGACCUCUACCUCAUGCAUUGGCCCGUGGCCAUGAAUCCAAACGGCAACCAUGAAAAGUUCCCUAAACUGCCCGAUGGGUCAAGGGACCUGGUGCGAGACAGAUCCCACAUCGACACCUACAAGGACUUGCAGAAGCUGCUUCAAACAGGCAAGACAAAGGCCAUCGGCGUGUGCAACUACUCCAAGAAAUUCCUGGAGGAGCUAUUGCCUCAUGUCGACAUCAUUCCUGCCGUCAAUCAAAUAGAGAACCACCCUCUGCUCCCGCAACAAGAAGUCGUCGACUUGUGCAAAGAGAAGGGAGUCCACGUGACCGCAUACAGCCCCCUCGGCAGCACAGGUUCACCCUUGAUGCAGGAUCCCCAUGUCGUCAAGCUGGCCGAACAGAAGGGAGUGACUCCGGGUACUAUUCUGCUGAGCUAUCACAUCGGCCGAGGAAACUCAGUACUCGCAAAAUCCGUCACUCCAUCUCGCAUCGAUGAAAACAAGAAGAUCGUUCCGCUGUCUGAGAGUGACUUGGCUUCUCUCGCCGAAAUCUCCCAGAAAGGUGUCACUCGCUUCGUCUAUCCAGAGUUCGGUGUCGAUUUUGGGUUCCCAGACAAGUCAUGA